AUGAAUUCUGGAACACAGUUUUACCCCAAUCCAGGUCCACAUCAGUGGAAUCGUGGACCCCAAAGUUUCGGCCAUAUUAAUGUAUCAGCCGUGCCGAAUGGACCACCUAAUAAUGGAUAUCCAGCUUACGGAGGAUACCAAAACGGUUAUCAAAACGUCCAGCAACAGAGAAAUCGUUUCUAUAAUCAAGAUCAGGGAAACAAUUUCAACUCUGGAAAUCCUAAGCAAAAUGGAUACCGUCCACAUAAUAAUUACAACAAAAAUGUCUCUAAUGGUUAUCAUCAUAAUCAUAUUAACUCUAAUUUUUCGAGCAACAUCGUUGAUGGUAAUGAUUGGAGUGAAAAAAAUGGAAAAGAGUCUCUUGAAAAAAAACUAUUUCAUGUACCUAAUAGUGGAAUUAAUUUUGAUAACUAUGAUAGUAUUCCUGUUAACGUUAGUGGAGAAGGUGCUCCAGUUCCUAUCGAGAUGUUCGAAGACGCUAAUUUGCACGAACUUGUUCAAGCUAAUGUAGAUAAAAGUGGUUAUAGUAAACCUACUCCUGUUCAGAAACAUUCGAUCCCCACUUUAUUGGGAAAUCUUGAUUUAAUGUCUUGUGCUCAGACUGGAUCUGGGAAAACUGCUGCAUUUCUUUUACCUAUAAUUAAUCACAUUCUUAGUAAGGGUCCUGAGGUUCUUAAGCCUCCCACUUCUAAAGGCAAUGGAAGAAGUUGUUAUUAUCCAUAUGCCUUAGUUCUCUCCCCGACUCGUGAACUAGCUAUUCAAAUCCAUAAGGAAGCUACUAAAUUUAGUUUCCGAACUUCUAUUGUAACUUCGAUUUUGUAUGGUGGUAGAGAAAAUUAUCGCGAGCAAAUUGCUCGUUUGAAAAAUGGGUGCCAUAUCUUGAUUGCAACCCCUGGUCGUUUAAUCGACAUUUUAGAACAGGGCUAUGUUGGAUUAUCAGCCUGUCGUUAUCUUGUUCUGGAUGAAGCUGAUAGAAUGUUGGACAUGGGAUUCGAACCGCAGAUCAGAAAAAUCGUCCAACAAGGACAAAUGCCCGAUAAAAGCGAUCGCAUCACUGCUAUGUUCAGUGCCACUUUCCCUAAGGCGAUCCAGGAGCUCGCUCAAGAUUUCUUGAGAGAAAACUACGUUUUCUUAGCUGUCGGUCGUGUAGGUUCAACAUCAGAUAACAUAGAUCAGCAUUUGGAAUGGAUCGAAGAGCAUGAUAAGAAAAAAGCUUUAAUGACCAUUUUGGAUCAGGAAGAAGGUUCUAAUUUGGUUCUUGUCUUUGUGGAAACGAAGAGAGGGGCGAAUGAGCUUUCCUACUACCUCCAAAAAACUGGAAUAGGUGCCGUAGCUAUUCAUGGAGAUCUCAAGCAGUUCGACCGUGAACGUAACUUGGCAAUGUUUAGUUCUGGUCAAACAACUGUUUUAGUGGCCACUGCGGUUGCUGCUCGUGGAUUAGACAUACCGAAUGUCAAACACGUAGUCAAUUAUGAUCUUCCCGGUGAUAUCGAUGAAUACGUACACAGAAUUGGUCGUACGGGUCGCUGUGGAAACACGGGAAGAGCCACCAGCUUCUUCAAUGAAAAGAACCGUAGUCUGGGUAGAGACCUAGCUCAACUGAUUGUUGAGGCUAACAAAGAAGUUCCUGAUUGGCUCCAGAAAGUUGCUUCAGAAGGAAAACCUUUGGGUCGAGGAAAUCGGGGAAGGUUCGGCGGUACUGAUCAUCGUAGAGGACCUGGAAGAAACAACUUCAAUAAUCAAACUUAUCAUGCCCAAAAUGGCUACAAUGGACAGCAUUCAUACAAUGGUUAUUCUGGACCACAUCCUAACCAGCACAGAACGUACGUUCAACGGAAUUUCAACAACGUACAAUCCGGCUUCCAAAAUCAUCCUAACAAUUACGUGAACUACACAAGAGGUGAUGGAUUCGGAAGCUCUGGUGGAGGUUUUGGUGGAGGAAUGAUGACUACAAACUUCUAUCCACAAGCUCCUAACACUUUUGCCCAAAUGGGACCAAACUUUCAAAAUUCGCCAAUGCCUCAGAACAUGAGACAGUUCGGUCAAUGGCAACCUAAUAAUCUUAAUUAG